AUGGGACAAACUGAUACUUGGGGAGAACAUCCUGGAGUUUUCUCGGACGACGAGAAGAAGAAGUAGGUGAACUACAAUUAAAGUAACCUUUACAAAGCAGUUUUUCUAGUUGUAGUGUCUGUUAAUCCUUUUUAUGCAACUCUACAUUUCACCUUUAAAUAUUUUAGGCUUCCUGUCGAUGGAAAAAGGAAUAUUUUGAUAACAUCAGCUUUACCCUAUGUUAACAACGUUCCUCAUCUGGGCAAUAUUAUUGGAUGUGUUCUUAGCGGUGAUGUUUUCUCAAGGUAAUUUACUUUAAAAUGUUUAUUUUUGUUUUAGAUAUUGUCGUUUGCGAGCCUAUCAAGUGCUUCACAUAUCUGGAACUGACGAAUAUGGUACAGCUACUGAAAUGAAGGCGCUUCAGGAGAAGACAACGCCCGCUGAGAUUUGUGAGAAGUUCCACAAACUUCACAAACAGAUCUAUGAAUGGUUUAACAUUGAUUUCGACAAUUUUGGGCGUACAACUACUGAGAAUCAAACUGAGUAAGUUUGCAGUAGCUUCACUUUGGCACAUGUAAUAAAAAGCUGUUUUUUAAAACUGUGUGUCAAGACAUUCAUUGUUCUUGCUCUAAACUUUCCUAUUAAUAUUUCUGUUUAAAAUAAAUAUUUUAAUAGUAACAUUAAUAUUAAUGGUUUCAGAAUUUGCCAAAAGUUCUUCCUCCAACUUCAUGAAAAUGGCUUUACCUCGACUUCUUCGUUGGAACAGUUACAUUGCUCCUCAUGCAACAAGUUUCUGGCCGACCGUUAUGUAUUUGGCACUUGUCCACACUGCAAUUACAAUGAUGCCCGAGGCGAUCAAUGUGACAAAUGUGCAAAAUUGUUGGACGCAGUGAAUCUGAUAGAUCCAAAGUGUCAUAUUUGUGGAAGCACUCCUCAGAAGAAGACCUCUGAGCAUAUAUUCUUGAAUUUGGAUGCUUUGUCGGUAAGGUUUCUUUUAAUUUUGUUGACUGACUACAGUUGAUAGUAAUUUAUAUUGUCUGUUUAGAAUUUUUCAUUUUUUUAAUUAUAAAACAUUUUAAAAAUUUAGAGCGAAGUUGAAAAUUUCUUGGAUGAAAAAACUAAAGACUCAGAGUGCAAAUGGUCUACAAAUGCCAUUUCAAUUUGUAGAAGUUGGAUAAAACAAGGUCUGGAGAAGAGAUGUAUCACCAGAGACAUCAAGUGGGGUACCCCUGUACCUCUACCUGGUUUUGAUGGAAAAGUAAGUUUUAACUUGAAUUUUUUUGAAAAGUUAUGGUUUCAUAAAAUCGGCAAUAACUGUUGAACACUUAGUAAUCAUCAUUUACCGUCUAGGUAUUCUACGUAUGGUUCGAUGCUCCAAUUGGAUACUUGUCGAUCACUAAAACUCUUUUGGGUAGCGAUUGGGAGAAGUGGUGGAAGAACAAGAACGUCGAGCUGUAUCAGUUUGUUGGCAAAGACAAUGUAGCUUUCCACGGAAUCAUGUUUCCAGCUACACAGAUUGGCACAAAGGACAGUUACACGAUGGUGAAGAACCUGUGUGCUACAGAAUACUUGAACUACGAAGACCAAAAGUUCAGCAAGAGCAGAGGAACUGGAGUUUUUGGAGAUCAAGCAAGUGGUACUGGCAUUCCAGCUGAUGUCUGGCGGUUCUACCUUAUCUACAUGAGGCCGGAGAAUCAGGACACAGCUUUUAUUUGGGACGAUUUUGCUUUGAAAGUGAGUUUGACAGUCUUAUUCGAAUUUCAUGGCAAUUUUGUAACGUUUUUUAUUAGAACUUUUCAAACAGUCCUAGGUUAAAUUAUGCAUAAUAUAUUUAAUUAGUUAACUUUGACGUUCUAGGUGAACUCUGAGUUGUUGGCCAACCUUGGCAACUUUGUUUUGAGAGCUCUGAGUUUCCUGAGCAACAACUUUAAUGGUUUGGUUCCUAAAAUCACGUUAAACGAUGAAGACAAGGAGUUGAUCAAUGACGUGAAUGUGCUUCUUACCCAGUUCAUCGAGCAGAUGGAGAAUGUCAAGAUGAGAGAUGCUCUCCAAACAGUUCUGGCCAUCUCGAGAAAAGGUAACCAAUAUAUGCAAACCCAACAACCUUGGGUUUUGGUCAAGAAGGACGAAACAAAAGAACGAGGAGCUUCUGUGAUUGGAUUGGCUGCCAAUCUCUCCUGCUUGCUAUCAGUAGUGUUGUUCCCCUUCAUGCCAGCCACUUCUCAAGCCCUCAGGGAACAGUGCGGGAUCUCGGAGAAGUUGUUGUUACCUACAUCCUUCUGUCAGUUUUUGAAAGAAGGACACAAAAUUGGAAAGGUGGGCUUAUUCUAUUUUUCUUUGUCACUUGAAUCUUAUCACAAUCGGGAAUUUUGAUUCCCAUAGCGAAAACAAUCACUGGGUAGAUCGAAAUGCCAAGUGGGAGGAAAAUAAUAUUUUAUGUGAUUUUUCAAUGAACUUUUGAAUUUAUGAGAUUCUCUAUAAGAGCUGUAAGUUACAAGUCUUUCAAUAACCAAGAAAAUUGUUUUAGCCGGUGGCGUUGUUUACCAAGUUGGAACCAGCUAAAAUGGCGUCUUUGAAAGCUGAAUUUGGUGGAAUUCAAGAGAACGGAGUUCCAGCACAAGCUCAGACACAAAAGAAAGGUUUGUUUUUUUUCAGUUGUGGAGUUUUCACGUUUGAGAAGAAUAAGUUAAGUGAAAAAAUGAUAUUUUUAGAAGUUAAGAAACCAAAGAAGGAGAAGACUACCGUUUCUCAAGCUAAGUCAGCGUUUCCUCAAUUGCUGAAGAACCAAAAUGACAUCUUUAAGUUGCUGUCCGAAUCGAGAAAGAAGUUCGAACAGUACAGUAAGUAUUAUUGUUACUUUGUUUUUCGAUUUAGGUGACAUUUUUUAAUAAUGAAUCUUUUAGAAGGUCAAUUUGCCAAAUCUCAGUUGGAAAGUUUGAGGAAUCAGUUUGCUGAAUUGAAUAAAGAUUUUGGAAAAGUUUCUGCGGACCUUUUGAAGUUUGAAAAAGAAGCUGGAGGUAAGGAAUUAAAAUUUUCAAAAAAUUUUUUUUAUUAUAUUAGCGUAAAGUUUGAUUUUCAGUGCCGAUCGUGACAGUCGAGUUGCCACAAGAAACGCCAUCUUCUUCUCAAACGGAACAGCCAAAAGAAGUUGUUGAAAAAGAAAACAAGAAGCCGAAAGCCAAAGAAAACCCACUUAAAGAAAAGAAAGGAGGAAGUAAGUAUGAUAUUGCUGUUUUUGCGUUUUUAGGGAUUUUAGUACUUUUUAAAAGUUUUUGUAAAGAGGUUUAGGUUAUGGUUAAUUAAAUUUUUUAUUGCUUUAGAUGCGAAAGCUGCGCCGGUUGCUGACGGAGUUGACAUCGGCAGGUUGGAUCUUCGAGUAGGCCUGAUUCGCGAGGCCAAAAAGCAUCCUGACGCCGAAGCUUUGUACGUUGAAACGAUUGACUUGGGCGAAGACAAACCCCGGACUGUUAUUUCUGGUCUUGUGAAGCAUGUUCCCUUAGAUCAGGUACCAUUUUUUUGUUUUUACAUGGUUGUUUUAACUAUUGAAUAUAUAUUUUUAAACUCCAUUGUUGUUGUUGUAGAUGCAAAACAGAUUAGUGGUGUGUCUGUGCAAUUUGAAACCAGUUAAGAUGAGAGGAAUCGAAUCGCAGGCUAUGGUAAUGUGUGCUUCAUCUCCCGAAAAGGUAGAAAUCAUGGAAGUCCCAGAAGGUGCUCAACCUGGAGAUUUUGUAACUUGUGAACCCUUUAAACAUCGUCCUGACGGCGUUUUGAAUCCUAAGAAGAAGAUUUGGGAAGGAGUUUCAGUCGAUUUGAAGGUCAGUCUAGAUGGCAAAGCCAUCUACAAGGACAAGGAACUGACAGUGGCGGGCAAGGGACCUAUGACUGCUCCAACUCUUCGUGAUGUUUUUGUUAAGUAG